ACAUAGAGAUCUACAAUGCUAGAUCAUGCAAUCGAGUGUUUGACUUGUUAAUGCUGUUUGUUAAAUUUAUCUCAAGAGAUUAGUUUUAUAGUAACUCAACCUGUUGUUAUAGAUCUUAUGGGAACAUUAUGUAAAAAAGAUCUACAAGAAACCAAUUUCGAAAAAUGAUUUAAGUUUAAGAUUGUGAUUCUUUGUGCCAACAUUGAAUUCUUCAUAUUAUAUAAAAUCAUAAUCAUUUAAAUCAUACAAACUUACAAACGGAUGAUUAUAUUAUGAGUAUGACUAUGAUGAUGAUAAAUCACAUGAGAUGACAUAUUAUGAAACAAAUGAAUGAUUAUCAGAUGAUGAUAUGAUAGAUCUAAUUGCUAGACUGAUAGAUCUACAUUUAAUACUUAUUAUUAAAUCUAAACUACAUGUACAAUUCAUUGAAUUCACUACAACUACAUGGACAUAAUAAUGAUAAGUACAUGCAGUGAUUCAUCAUUUCAUGAUUCAAUUUCAAACAUAAACAUGAUUUUUUUUAUUUAAAAAUAUUCCAUCAUUCCAUGGCAUUGUCGCAUUGAAUCACAGUGAUAUUGUGUGUGAUGUCACACGAUUGUGUCAUUGUAUUGUUAACUUAUGACGACUAAGUUUUAAAUGAUUGUUUCUAAAUCUAGAGACUACCGGUAUUAGAUUCUUGUCAACUUAACUUCUAGAUUAUAAAUUCUAGAUAUAUGAUUAUCAUUUAUAAAUGCAAGAUCAGUGAGCUGAUCUAGACUACUCUAUGGCCUAGAUUCAAAUUUACUGUUUAGGUAGAGUUUAGACUUAACUUAAAGUUAAAAUGCAGAAUUCAGAAUCUAUUCCAACUCUGGACAAUUCUAAAGAAAAACCCAAACGCAUUCGUAAACGAACCAACUUUGAUGACUUUAUUAUAUAUGGCAGUCAAAAUGAUACUCAAAAUUCUGUAAAUAAAAAUUGUGAGGAGCCGUCAAAUAUUUCCAAUCACUCCUUUAUUACCAGCACACCAAUAGGAAAGAGAAGAAAAAACAAUCCUACAAAAGAUGACAUAAUAAAUGAUUCAUUUUCAGGAAAGGCAAGCACAAAUGUGUCAACUAAUAGUAAAGGCUCUGUAUUAGAUGGAGAAGAUAAAUCUGAUUCAGAAACUCAUACAAACAGUCAUCAUUUAGCAUUUGAUAACAACCAAAGUGAUUCGUUUAGUAACUCUUUGAAUUCAAGCAUAAACGAGGCAGCACCAAAUGCUAAUCAUAAUGUUUCUACAACUAUAAAUACUUCUUUGGAAAAAAUGGGAAAGAAAAACCAGGAAAGUAUAGAUUUAAAUAUGUCAUUUAAUUCAGAGGAUGUAUGUCAAGAACAAAAGCAUCAAAGAAGUCACAUUAAUCCAGAUACAAGUUCUGAUCAAUAUGAAAAAAGAUUAAAACAAAAGAAAAUUAUGUUAAAUAGAUCAGAGGUUUUGGAUAAUAAUAAAUCUUCAGAAAUGAAAACACACUCAGAAUCCACAAAAUCAAACCAGAUAUCUACACAAAAAGAUGCAGAAAACCAGGUUAAACAGAAAUUAAAUCAGGAUGACAAUGCAAGUGAUAUUUCUCUUGAUUUAAAUCAUGUCUCUCGACUAAAUGAUUCAGCGCCUCAAGAAAAAGCAAAGCGAGGCAGACCUCGUAAGAUUAAUGCUAACAUGAAUUCCAGUAAAAGUUCUAGUGAAUUAAAUCAGACUUCUGAAAAUUUAAAUUCUAAUCCUGAAGAUCAAGUAAAUGACUAUAAAAAUCAGGAUGACAAUGCAAGGGACAUUUCUCUUGAUUUAAAUAUCUCUCGACUCAAUGAUUUAGUACCUCAAGAAAAAGCCAAGCGAGGAAGACCUCGUAGGAAUAAUGCUAACAUAAAUGCCAGUAAAAGUUCUUGUGAAUUAAUUCAGACGUCUGAAAAUUUAAAUUCUAAUCCUGAAGAUCAAGUAAAUGACUAUAAAAAUCAGGAUGACAAUGCAAGGGAUAUUUCUCUUGAUUUAAAUAUCUCUCGACUCAAUGAUUCAGUACCUCAAGAAAAAGCCAAGCGAGGAAGACUUCGUAAGAAUAAUGCUAACAUAAAUGCCAGUAAAAGUUCUUGUGAAUUAAUUCAGACUUCUGAAAAUGUAAAUUCAAAUCCUGAAGAUCAAGUUAAUGGGGAUAAAAAGAAGCUAGUAAUGCAUCAAGAUAGUGAAAAUCAAGAGAGAGACUCUGUGACGAAUACAAGUAAUCUAUCUCUUGAAUUAAGCCAGAGUUUUGAGCAACAACAAAAUAGUGUUAAAAGGAAACGGGGAAGACCAUGUAAGAUAGAUAAAAGCAGCAAUGAUAAAUCUAUCGAAUUAAAACUGUCUGCUGAACAUAAUAAUGAUUCAGCUCCUCCAAAUAAGAAAAGACGAGGUAGACCCCGUAAAAUACAAACAGACAAUACUGCAAAUACGUUUGAUGACUCUGAAUCUGGACAAAAUGAGUUGGAUAUUCAAAGGAAAGUCAAAACUGGUGAUUCCCUCAGAAAUGUCUUGACAGAAUCAGAAGAACUAGCAUCUAAAAGCGACUCUCUCAAUCUUACUGCAGAUGAUAUUGCCAAUGUAACAGAUCCCAAUUCUGAGAAAUCAUUUGUCUCAAAACGAAGACGUGGCAGGCCUUCAAAAAACAAAGAAUUAUUAAAGAAGCUCAAUGGAUUAGAAGAAGGAAGCAAUGAUGCAGAGGAAAUCUCUCUUGUCUGCAAACACUGCAACACUGAAAUGGAAAACCUUCAGAAGUUAAAACGACAUAUGAUGGUGGAUCACUCCUUAAUGUGGUUCGCAAAGCUUCCCAUGGGAGUAAGUCUGCCCAAAGAGAUCAUCAAAUGUUUGGGCUACAUCGCCUGCCAGAAAUGUGCGGAGGAAAGGAAGAAAAUAGACUUGCCUCCCAGACAGUUCAAAUUUCAGCAGUAUUAUAAUCAUCAUUUGAACUGGUGUGGCAGAGAGGAUGAGGUUAUAAAGUGUGAAAUAUGUGACAAGGUGAUUAAGGCCAUGUGGUUUCAGCAACAUUUGAAUGAACACCGUAGGAAAGACAAACAAGAGGAAAUGAAGAUGAAACAACUGGAAGAGGGCAGCAGGGUCCAGGAGUCUGAGAUAGGAGAGGAUGGAGAUGUACAGACCAAAUCCAAACGAAAAGCUGCUAAAAGUGCUGUUCAAUUGAUUAGCAACUUUUGUAAUAGUGGUGAUGGGGAGACCAGUGAUGUGUCAGAUGAUGAUUUCAAGGAAGGAAGUGCAAAAGAGGAUGAUGAUGAUGAAGAUGAGGAAGAUGACGACGAAGAUGAUGAGGAGGACAGUGAUGGAGAGAAGAAAACAUCAAAGUUUCCUGCUUUUAAAAAAGAAGUUUUCAGAUCUGUCAAAGGGACAGAAGGUACCACCAUGUCAGAGUGUGAAAAAGUCUGGUCUCACAUCUUGCUCCCAUCUACCAUAAAGCAUCGUGAGCUCAGACUGAAAUCUGUGAAUAAAUUUCUUGAUUCAUUACAGUCUAGGGAACGAAUGUUUCCUGAACUACGACCAGAAGGGAAGAACUGGAAAGCACUGGGUAAAGAAGACUCUCUGAAGUAUCUACCUCUCAAAAUGAAGUCUGUCAAAUUCAGUUCGAAGGAUCAAAGUGAGGAACAAGAUGCUGCUGAUAUAGAUUGGGGCCAUUACACAACACUUAAUGAUAAAGUAUACUGUUAUGUUGGAGGCCCCAUCUGGUCAUUAGAGUGGUGUCCCAUUCCAAAGCAAGACGGAAGUGAACAGUUUUUGUCUCUGUCUGCAGACACAGCACUUACAACAUACUCAGAUAUAAAAACAGUACAAACAGGUCCUGGUAUGUUGCAGGUCUGGUCUUUUGGAGAACUUCAAAAUAAUGUUAACUGUACAACACAGCCCAUGCUUCGCUACUGUGUAGCUCAUGACGAGGGCUAUGUUGCUAGCACAUCUUGGUGUCCUGCUGGAUGCUUUGAUACAGAUGAUGUUGGUGCUGACCAUUUGAAAAGACUUGGAUUACUGGCUGUAGCCUGCUCUAGUGGUAAUGCUGUCAUCUACAGUCUACCUCAGCCAGACUCCUUGCCAUCUGGUAGCGAAGAACAUCAAGUACCUAUAUAUCACCCACAGCCUGUUGUGACACUGCAGCCUAACUCUAAGAAUCGUUGUGGCCCAUGCUUGACUGUGGCCUGGCAACAGAUGGGAGAGCUCAGAUACAUUAUAGCUGGAUACAGCAGUGGUAGUGUCUUUUUGUGGGAUCUCCUGACUAAGUCGCCUUUGUUGCGGGUUGGGAGUAUGCUACUCCCAGAACAAUGUUUUUGGGUAGGACUGGAUGCUGUCCUUUCAUGCUCAUGGAAUCCCAAGCUUUCAACGUCCUUUGCUGCUACAUUGAUGGAUGGCACUUUAAGCAUGUGGGACAUACGAUUCGGUCAAGUGCCUGUAGCCAAGCACACAGACUUAUGCCUCACUGGUCGCUCAACAUGUUGGUCAGGUCCUGUCUUUAAUGGUUUCUUCAUUGCCACAGAAAAUAUAAAGGGAUUUAUUGAUACUCCAAUCAAAUAUUUUGCUGUCAGUAAAAAUACUUUAAAAAGUUGUUACAGAGAUAUUAUUGUACAGAGCCAUGAGGCUGCAACAUGGGAUGUGAGCUUUUGCCCACUCUAUGAGGUCCUAGCAACCUGUGAUUCCGUAGGUGUUGUAAGAAUCACACUGCCACAGCUGGUGAGAAUGUCUAUUUAUAACAUCAAGUCCAUGGCAUCUUGGCACAAACUCAAUAACCCCAACUUGGACCUUUAUCAAGCUACUCUAGCUAGCUUAGAUGGGGAGGAAUGUCAAGAAAAAAAAGGUGCAGCUGUGGCAGCUUCAAGCACAGAAGAAAUCCUCAGUGAUGGAGGUAAAAACAAAUCUGAUGAUCAAGAUAGUGGACAGUCGAAAUCAAAUGUUAACAAAUCAAAGGAAAAUAAUAAUACAGUUCCUUAUGGGGGAGUGUGUCAAGAGAAAGGAGCAGUAGAUGUGGAACAAGCUAAUGUUGACAAAGCUGCAAUAGUGGAACCAGAAACUGAUCAGAAUAGUGGGGAAACAUUGAAUGAGGAGGAAGUCCUGUACUUUAAAGAUUGUCCUAUGAAAGAGUCGUCCAUUAAGAUCAGGCAGAAGAGAAAGCCACUAGAAUUGACACCAAACAUGUUAUUAAAUAAUGUGAACUCUAUCCAUAGGGUCCGUUUCAAUCCAAAUGUUUCUGCCUGCUUGUGGUUGGCAUCAGGUGGUCAGGCUGGCCUUCUCCGGCUGGACAACCUUUCACCUGUUUUGUUACCACACAAGAAGUCAGCGAAACAAUAUUUAAAGCAAGAAAGAAGAUAGCAAGAAAUGAUUGGUGAAAUGUUUCUGUACAUGUAUGUAAAUCCCUUCAUUGAUGAAAUGUUUCUGUACAUGUAUGUACAUCCCUUGAUUGAUGAAAUGUUUCUGUACAUGUAUGUACAUCUCUUGAUUGGUGAAAUGUUUCUGUACAUGUAUGUACAUUGGAAUGGAAACUUUUCAGCUGUUACAUUUGAGAAGAACUAUGUUUUGUUACAGAGAUUCCUUUUGGAACUAUAACUACAUAGUGGAUGAAAUCAAGCAAGAUUCAAACUUCCUCUUAUCAGCAACCUGGACUGCACAGCACUGAUCUGGACAUCAAUAAUGUUUUCAACAGCUUUUAAUGUGUUGCAUACCACAAGCUAUUCAUUGAUUAGUUUAGAAUUGUUUUGGCUUAGUUUCUUUGGCAUUCAUAAAAUUGUAGAUUGUGAGCAUACAAAUGUUUUAACUAGACAGGGGACAUGAUCUUGUAAAUGGGCCUACAGUGAAAUCCAUAAAUUGUGGUGGAUGAAUGAGAAGCAUUGUGAUAAGAAUUGUAUUACCAAACUGUGAUCUAUUCCCACAUUACUGAAUCUACCAGCUACAACAAGUGAUUGACAGACCAACUUGAUGAGCUGAGCUAUAGUUUUAAACAUCAAUCAUUAUUCAUGUAUUUAUUUUAUUUUUAUAGGCCUAGAUUAUAUGAAUUUUGAGUUCAUAAAUCUCAACAGAGGUUAGCAGGUUAAAGUCUUACACUGGUCACAGUUACAUUUUUGUGUAUCAUUGUUUGUGAAAAUGUAAAAAUGUUUCUCAGUUUACAUAGCGCAUAGUAAGCAUUGAAAAUAGUUGGAGGAAGUUGAAAUUAGGUUUGUUUUUUGUGCUGGUCACAUAAAAACCUUGUAAACUACUGACCACAUAAGCAAAAGAAGUUUUUAUAGGGUUCUUGCAUUGGAUCACGAAAAUAAAUGUAUUUCCAAUGUAUUCUUUGUGUUAUUUUUGUAAUAAAAUUAAAGUUUUUCCACCGUACAUUGUUUCAGCAGUGUAGGUUGCAUUCAACUUUGACAAGCUCAUUUAUCUCUCUUGUCACAAUAUUAGUAUAAUAUUAGUGCUUCAAGAUUCAUUUCUAUAUAAUAGUGCUACAUCCUGGCAGAACCUGUGACGCCACUGAUCCCAAACUGCAUUGGGACCAGUUGUUCCUUUGGACACAUCAUUCCGACCAAAGCUAAUGCCCAGAGUCUCAUCACUGCUGAAGGAGGUCAUAGUUGUAUUACUAUCACUGUGUGAUGUGACUCACUGUGUGAUGUGAUUGUUGAAAUAUUUGUUUGCACAAGUGUGUCUUUUGUUUUUCACUUGAUGGCCUCCCCUGAAUGUAAAUAUUGAACUGAAUGCUUUAAAUUUGUUAGACUUUCUUCACAGGUUUUGAUGUAUAUUUAAAAUAUAUGAAUGAAAUUGGUAUAAACUAUUUCUGUGCAUAGGUUGUUAUGUAAUUAAACCCCCACACAGAAACAGAAAUCACUAUUUGUUAUGAUUUAUUUGUCAAAACAAACACUGAAACUUUUCAAGGUCAGGUUUUUAAAGACUUUGGAGAAUAAAAAAAACAUUCUAAUAAACCUGAAUCUCCAGAUAGUCCUGUAAAAUACUACUUUUAAUGAGUUGGUAUGGUUAAUUUCAUUUUCUGCUUCAAACAAUUUUUGUUCAUAAUAUCAGCCCUUACUAAAACUAAAAAAUGCAUAGCAUUCUAAUAAUUUAGAAAAUAUUAUAAUGAACUAUACACUAUAUAAUUUAAGGGCAAAAAUCUUAUUUAUAAUUAUUGGAUUUUAUGAUCACAUCUACUUAUUUUUCCAUAGAAAAAUGUUUCUUUAUUUUAUUUGUCAAGAAAUGUAUCAGAAAUUCUAUUGCUGUAUGUUA